AUGCCCGAGCCCGAAGCAUCUAUAUUGCUUCUGGACAUUGCACUGACAAAAGAAAUUCAAAAACACUUGGAUCUGAAUCUGACCCUGGACCCAUGUCCCGGAUCAACGGUUCAUCGGCGCCCUGGUGCCAGUGCCCCUGGUGCUUGGUGCUUGGGCUCGAGGGCCUGGAGCGGAGCCAGAAGCCUGUACUCGUACGGAGUACGACAACGACGUAACAAGGGUUCAGAGCGAGGAGAGAGGAGCUUGGACCUGGUGUCACGCGAGUACGGUAUUACUGGUACGAAUACGUCAGGAGGAGAGAUUCUCCGAUUCUCCGGUCUCCGGGUCUCCGGAAUCCGGUUUUGUACGAGUCCGGAUACAGAUUACGCACGGGAGUUGCCAGAGUCUAGACGAUUCCUCGAGCGAGCGAACCUGGCGAUGAGGAAACGAGGCCUGGAGGGAACCAACCAGGGCAACGAGAGGAAACCAAACAAAAAAGGGAAAGAUGUCGUGCGCCAAGACGUCCUUCUCGGGCCGGGGAAGGGCCGGAGAGAUAAGAGUUAUUCGACCAAUGACAGGACGUCUAAACAAUAUCUCCUUUCACGGUACUGCAGUGUACAUGCGUACUCUUACACCACCCGGUGUAAGAAUUGUACACUAAAGAGUAAAUGGGUGAACAUACAUACUACAAUGAACGGGGAGGUCAGUGUGUCAAGGACUACGAGUACCAAGACAAGGUUCAAGCCGCGUGGUGAUCAUCUGGGAUCAUCAGGAUCCUCGGAUCGUCGACGCCAGAAACUGUAUUUGGCGGUCAGUGACGAGGCCUCAGCUACGGAUCAACAGGGACCAACGGUACAAUGUAAUACUGAGGGACAAUUUACCUUUUUGUCGACAUGA